GUCAGUCCGCCGACCGCCGCGGCCCGCACAGCAGCGCAGAAGCAGAGAUGCCCGAGGAGAGCCCGGCCCUGGAAGGCAACGUGCCGGCAGCAGAGGCGCCAGCCCUGGACGGCGGAGCUGACCCGCUGCCUGAUCUGCCCACCAAGCGCCACCACGACCCCAGCAAGCCGCUCACGUACCGCUACUGGACCAGGCCCACCCACCUGCAGUACAAGUACCUGCACGACUACCGCUACAACUACUACGACGACGUGAUCGACUACCUGGACAAGCGCACCCGGGGCCUGGCGCGCGAGCUGCCCCGGCCCCAGACCUGGGCGGAGCGCGCCCUGCGCGGCUACGUGCAGCCCACCAAGUACUACGAGGCGCCCUACCAGCGCGUCAAGGACUGGGAGCUGCUGCACCAGAUCCGCGCCAUCAACAACUACUACCACUACCACAAGUACGACUACAUCACGCGGCGGUACCCGGCGCUGCUGCUCUGAGCACCACCGGCCUCCGCCCUUCCCCCUCGAGUGUUCCACGUGACGGGACAAGCAUCAAGCACCCAGCAUCCGAGCCUAGCCGGCGACCGGCCAAACUCGCGGACAUGUCUGGCGACCGGGUUCUGAGCCUUCUGCUAAGGAAGCGUUGAAUUACAGGCAUCACAGUGUCCUGGUUUUGCACGUCAGUAGCUAACCGUAGUAAUGUAGUGUUUGCCCCUAGUCCCCUUUCCAUAGCUCAUUGAAUCCGCGAAUACUUCCAGUCCCUAUGUGAAGCUAUUACUUCUACAUAAAAAAAAUAUAAUGCUAUAAAAUAUUAUGUGCUAAUUUAUAAAAAAAAAACCCAUACAUGGAAAAUUUCACAAAUGUGUGUGUAAAAUUGUGUACGAUCCUCCUAACAAGUAAUGCUAAUUAAAAUAUUCAAAGUAACAAUUUUAGUAGUAGAUGUGUGUCUCAGUGUAUCCAAAUGUGAUAUUUAAAAGUUAUGGUUCCAUGUAAUAAAUCUGAUACUAUUUGAUUUUCAUACAAUGUAAAAUAUUUAUGUUCACAUCCAUAACCAAUAAAGACGAAAAAUAUU